ACAGGAACAUCGAACCCGAACAAAGCAAUAAGAAGAAAAUACUUACGAGCUGUGUUUAAAAAUGGCGAAUUCAAUAUUUAUCGAACACCAACGAAGGCAUUGAAAUUGUUCACGAAUUACUUUAUUCUGCUGGUAGAGACAAGAUGGAGGUGGACGCUUAUGAAUUUCUUCACAGCAUUUACUUGUAUUUGGCUGUUCUUUGGUUUCAUUUACUGGGCGAUCUCCUUGAACCACGAUGACUUUAAGGACGAUCAUUUACCCCCAUAUCAAAACAUCACAGGAUUCACGCCUUGCAUCAAAAAUAUUUACGGAUUCACAUCUGCGUUCUUGUUCAGUGUCGAAGUGCACACAACAGUCGCUUACGGUCGAAGAGCUAUCACACUUGAAUGUCCAGAAACAAUUAUUGCAAUGUGCCUGCAAUGCAUUGUGAGCUCUAUAUUCCAAGCUAUAAUGGUUGGAAUCCUUUUUGCUAAAUUAACACGACCACGGGCGAGAACACAAACGAUUCUCUUUAGCAAGCAUGUAGUUAUAAAUGUGAGGAAUGAAAAAUUUUGUCUUAUAUUUCGAGUUGGUGACAUGAGGAAAUCUAGAAUACUCUAUAUAGAACCAAAAGCCUACGUUUUAAGAUUUAACUCAGAUUAUAAUGUACUGGACGAUUCAGAACAAAUUGAAUUAAAAUUGGAUAUUGAUGAAUGCGAAUCAACAUUUUUCCUUUGGCCGGUAACAGUGGUUCACGUAGUUGAUGAAAGCAGCCCUUUUUAUGGAUUAUCAGCGGCUGAUCUUUUGUGCACUAAAUUAGAAAUUCUUGUUCUAUUUGAAGGUAUAAUUGAGUCGACUGGCCAACCUAUUCAGGCUAGGUCAAGUUUCACUGAAUACGAUAUUCUUUGGGGCCACAGGUUUGUUCCAAUGGUUGGUUACAAUUUGGACAAAAUGCUGUAUGAUGUGGAUUUUUCCAAGCUAUCUGAAGUUCAGCAAGUCGAUACACCUCUCUGUUCACCAAGCGAAUAUGAUAAUAUUUUGUUAAUGUUUCCAAAUGAAGCUUAUUCUGAAUAUUAAUUUAUUAAAUAAAAUAAAUAUUAAUUUAAUAA